UGAGCUUUGCUAGUGAUGCCACUGGUCCAGUCACAAAGGUCCUGAAUGUUUCAAUAUUCACAUCACUAUCAGGUUCAUUUCCACAAAGGGUUGUUAUGCAUGCAGACUGUAGGAUGGCACCUGGUAGCAGUAACAUAAGGGGGCAAGUUGAUAAAGAGGUGAGAGGUAGGGGUGUGGUAUGGUAGGUCAUAGGAAGAUGAGUGGAAUCUGAUGGAUUGGGGGUGGAACCGGGCAGGACAAGGGUGGAUCAAUAUGCACAAAUAUGCUAGAGAGAGAAGUCUCACAUACACUGAAGUUGCAAACAAUGUUUCACCUAUUUAUUCAACCACAGAAUUUUUAAAAAGUAACAUUUCGGGCAGGAAAACAGUGGCUUUCCCCCUUAAACAUUACUGUUCUUUUGCUCCUGUGUAGAACAUCGUCAUUGUAUUACUGUGUGGAAAUCCCUGCUGGCUAGUGAUCAUGUGCACCACUCACAGAGACUAUUCCUUCUAUAAAAGGAAGAAUGCUAAUGUCUCAUACGUAACUUCAAAUGACUAAAUUAAGAAAAGACUGGACACUGAAUCACUUCUGAGUAGGCCUAUAUGGAAAAACUCAACACUUUCCCAUUCCCCCCUCAACCAGUUCCACUUUAUGUGUAAGAGCAUAGGCAGAUAUCAAUUCAGAAAAACCAAAAGAUUGUUGUCUAACACCAAACAGUCAAGUCAGCGGCUCACUAUAUGAAUCAUCAUGUUUAUUCAGCUUCCUUUAAAAGAGCAGAUGUGAUCUAGUGUUUGGUGAGUAUAACUUUUUGCUAUUUCCUGAAUUGAUUUCUCUUCCAAGCUACGGUCUUGGGGCCAGCUUACCUGAGCCAGACAACAAAAGUUGUGAGAAGAAGGCACAGGGCUCAGAGCACCCAAGCCACGCAGUUUAAUAGCUAUGUUGAUGCUUCUGGCUCCUGAAUGUACAAGCCACUUGCCAUCCAUUCACUUAAUACCCCCUAGUCAAGUCCAAAGCGUUUUCCUUCGGCAGCUUUAACUAAGGACAAAUAAAAUGAUGGCAUCUUUAAAUCAGAAAAUCCCAUAUCCUGUAACAGUGUUACCAUCUUCCACUGUAAAUUCCAAUCAAACCUACAAUUGCACGAAGAUAAUGGAGGAAAGAAACGCGACUCUGGCUAUGUUUCAACUGGUCCUUUUAGCUUUGAUCCUUUUAUUUGGAACAUUAUUUAACUCAUUUGCAGUCUGGGUUUUUUGCUUCAAGAUGAAGAAAUGGACAGAGACAAGAGUUUUCAUGAUGAGCCUAUUGUUCAGUGACUGUUGUUUGCUUAUUACCAUUCCAUUUCGCAUCUAUGCCACACAGCACCGAUGGGACCUCCCCAGAGACCUGUGUACCACCCUUGCCUAUGCUUACUUUCUGAACACGUAUUUGAGUAUUGCCAUUAUUACACUGAUUUCUGUGGACAGAUACAUAGCAAUAAAAUUCCCCCUGCGAUCAAGAUCAUUGCGUUCCCCAAAGAAAGCUGCCCUAGCUUGUGCUAUUGUUUUUGCGCUCUUGUUGACUACACGGAUUUUCAUUUUUAUCACCUCUGAUUCCAAUUUUUCGUCUCCUGGAUUCUGCUUCCGAAAAACUUCACCCAGACCAUUAAAGAGAAGUUUGUACUUCACCAUUACAGGCUUUUACAUUCCUCUGCCCGUAAUCAUAUUUUGCACACUAGAAGUAGUCAGGUUCCUGAAGACGAAGGAUAAAGCGAGUGUAUAUGAACACGAGUGCAUUCAAAAAUCCAUAAAAAUAGUGUCUGGCAAUCUCAUAAUUUUCCUGGUUUGCUUUUUGCCUGUUCAUAUUGGAAAUAUUACCAGGUUUGUGAUAGAGAGUUUAAGACUGGAUUGUGCACUGAUAAAACAAAUCAAUGAUUAUGUUUAUGCAGCACAAGUCAUCGGUGACCUAAACUGCUGCCUGGAUAGCGUCUGUUAUUAUUUUGUAGCCAAGGAAUUCUGGGAGUCAACGUCACAGUUGCCAAAGUUAAACCAAUUAACACCAUCUCCGGUAGAAACAGAAGACACAAAUCUUUAGAAACAAAUUGUUUCAUUUAAAAGUGUUCACAGAUUUGAACUGACAUUUGGGAACUAAAAAGCGCCUACAAUGUGACAUUGCUUUAAAUUUUGUAGGACGAGCACUUCAGAAAUAUACAAGGCAAAACAGUGAGCUAUGGAUAUUUGUGGACAAUAUAUUAUAAGUCAGAUCAUCUGAAAGCAGAGGUCAAUGUUCAGAUGAAUUUGUAUUAGUUGCAAUGUUUUUUUUUAAUUGUUACGUUAUUGUAAUUUGCUAUCUUUGGUGAGUCUGAAUUUAAUUAUAGUAAAAAGGUACAUGAAACAUCUGAUAAUGGAUAUAUGGAAUAUAUUAUGAAAUAUUGUCUACAUGUUACUCUGAUAAAUAAUUUAAGAUAUAUUUACAUUAUUUACAUAUUACCCUUAAAGAAUCUAGGGCUGCACUUAUCGACACAGGGGAACCCUGGAGCUACCGCUAUCUCCAGUCAAGGCAGUAGCUCCUUGAUCUAAUAGGGUGCACACAUCACUUGCACAGCGAACACCACAAACGACACCUGGCACACUUCAAAAACAGUCAACUCAACUGAUUGUGCAGUGCAAUUUCAUCAAGAGCAUCGCCUUCAGUGACCACAAUGACUUCGGAACUCUGGGGGGAAAAACAUGAAGAUUGCAAUUAAAAUUGCACUUUGCUUACGCCACUUGCGGUUGCAAAUUAUUUAUCGAUUUUCCAUGAUAUCGAAAAAAAAAAUGAAUCAAAAGUAAAGAUUUCAUUUCUUUGCUUUGAUUUUGUAUAUUUAAAAUAAAUCUCAACUUAAUCCUAA